AUGGGCACUUCAUACAGCGGUGAAAACCGUAUGUUACACGUUUGUAGUCGACCAGUUUUCCCAGGAACCUUGCAGACAACCUAUAUUGUCGCCCCCGUAUUCGUAAUGGAUGAUCUCGAUCCAAUUUUUGACGAACCUGAAGAUAACAAUGAUGCUGAUGCGUGGUUUAUUACGCUACCACCAACACCAGACCAAGGUUUACCGCCCUCAUCAGCAUUAUUCCUUGGUAAUCUUCUCGUCAUCGCUGUUGUUGUUGGUAAAUCAGUAAAUUAUUCCAAUAUCAAAGAAAAGAUCAUGAAGCGUUAG